AGCCGGCAGAGCAGCCGCGGCGGUGCCACGAGUAGUAGGAGCAGCGGCUGCAGCUUGAGAGUCUGGCAGCCAGACGAGCGCGGAGGCGGCAGCCGCUUGGCAGCCGGGCUCAAGGUGCAAAUUGCUUCAAAAAGGAAUGCUUCUGCCGACAUCCUUCUAAUUGGUGUUUGCCCCCCACCAAACUCAAAUCAUGGUGAUCAUGUCAGAUUAUACAGCCGUUCCCACCUCAAGCCAAAGCCAGCAAAAGCCUCUUCGGGUUGGAUUUUAUGAUAUUGAGAGGACCUUGGGAAAAGGCAAUUUUGCUGUAGUCAAACUUGCCAGGCACAGAGUAACCAAAACGCAGGUUGCAAUAAAAAUUAUAGACAAAACACGGUUAGAUUCAAGCAAUCUGGAAAAAAUCUAUAGAGAGGUUCAGAUAAUGAAGCUCUUGAAUCACCCCCACAUAAUCAAACUGUAUCAGGUUAUGGAAACAAAAGAUAUGCUUUAUAUUGUAACCGAAUUUGCAAAGAAUGGCGAAAUGUUUGAUCACUUAACUACACGUGGGCACCUGAAUGAACAUGAAGCUCGGAAGAAAUUCUGGCAGAUACUUUCAGCUGUGGAGUAUUGUCACAGCCAUCAUAUAGUACACAGGGACCUCAAAACGGAGAAUCUUCUCUUAGAUGCUAACAUGAAUAUCAAGCUUGCAGACUUCGGAUUUGGAAACUUCUACAAAUCUGGUGAACCUCUGUCCACCUGGUGUGGAAGCCCACCUUAUGCAGCUCCAGAAGUUUUUGAAGGAAAGGAAUAUGAAGGCCCAUACCUUGAUAUAUGGAGCCUUGGUGUGGUGCUGUAUGUCCUCGUCUGUGGUUCUCUCCCAUUUGAUGGACCCAAUUUACCAUCUUUAAGACAAAGGGUGCUAGAAGGACGAUUCCGUAUUCCCUAUUUCAUGUCCCAAGAUUGUGAAAUGCUUAUUCGACGGAUGCUGGUUGUGGAUCCUACAAAACGAAUUACCAUUGCUCAAAUAAAGCAGCACAAGUGGAUGCAGGCCGACCCAUCUCUUCAGCAGCAGCACUCUUUGUCCUUCUCCAUGCAGAACUACAACUCCAACCUGGGAGAUUAUAAUGAACAGGUCCUCGGGAUCAUGCAGACUCUUGGCAUUGACAGACAAAGAACGAUUGAGUCUUUACAAAACAGCAGCUACAAUCAUUUUGCUGCAAUUUACUACCUUCUUUUGGAGCGCCUCAGGGAGUACCGUAGCAAUCAGUUGUCGCAUCGCUCAGUAAGCUGUCGCCAGCAAAGACCAAGAAGUUCAGACUUCAGCAACCUUGAGUUGACCCAGGAUAAAAUUGCCAGUGAGAACUUGAGAUCAUCUCUGCUGUACCAUCAGCCUCCGAACCUGAUUCAGUCCCCUUUGCAGGCAGAUAUGGAUUGCGACCUGAACAUCCCAUUACAGCCAUUGUUUUUUCCUAUGGAUCCGAACAUCAACACCCUUUUCAGGAAUCGUUCCAUCUCUCCAAACAGCCUCCUGGAAACUACAAUCAGUGAGGAAGUAAGGCAGGACAAGGAACUGGAGGAUGAAAUCAAAACUUUCAAUCCAAUUGGUUUCCCCAUCAACACAAGUCGAAGACACACAUUAGCUGGAGUAACAACUCAUUUUUAUCAGCAUUCUCCACCAUGUAUAGUCAUUUCCUCUUCUGCAAGCCCUACAGAAGGAACCAGUUCGGACAGCUGUCUCCCUUCGUCAGCAAAUGAUGGCUCCGAAAUGCUGAGCAACUGUUUGGAAAAUCAAAUGAACCUUGGUCACCCAACCACAGCUAGAGUUACAUCAUCAUUCCUGACUUCCCAUUCAGAUACCCCAGUAUUGCAAACUCAGGACUGCAGGGGUGGUACUUCUCUGUUGCCUGUCAGUUUCCAAGAAGGAAGGAGAGCUUCUGAUACCUCAUUAACUCAAGGCUUGAAGGCAUUUAGGCAGCAGCUCCGAAAGAAUACUAGAGCCAAAGGUUUUCUUGGACUGAAUAAAAUCAAAGGCCUUGCUCGCCAGGUGUGCCAGUCCUCCUCUGUUCGGAUAGCACGGAAUGGCCUGGGCCCUUUCCAGCAUUCUCAGCAGAAUACCUGCAUAUACAGCAGUGGGGGAAAUGGUAGCGGCAGCGGCGGCAGCGGAAGUGGCAGAGAGAGCAGGAACUUACUUGAAGAGGUGCUUCAGCAGCAAAGAAUGCUCCAGCUACAGCAUCACCAACCAACCUGUCACCAGCCUUCUCAGUCGCACAAUAUCCUCUUGCCCGACUCUUCAAGCAGUAAUACAUCUAAAUCCCUAGUCCUGUCUGAACUGCAAAGUGAGAACUCAUUAGAGCUCGCUUUACGUAACACUCAGUUUCUUCAGCCUCACCUCUUUGGAGUAGCUGUCUCUCCAGUAACUUCAGCUGCUCACCUUCUCGAUACCCAUCUACAUAUUAGUAGCAGUGUAUCUCCAGUUGCCUCUAUGUUUUCUCAACCAAGUUGUUUUACUGUGCAGCCUCUGAGCUAUGACACAGUUACUUUACAGCAUGGAGACUGUGAAAUGGAGGAUCUUACUUCAAACCAGAUGGGAAAAUUUGUCUUAGUCAAAUGAGAUUUUUCUCCUGUUUUCUUGAUCAUCAUCUUCAGGAGAGAGCAGUUCUAUUACUAAAACCUACAAAUGAGAGAUUUUAUUUUGCUAAGUGAAUAUCAGAAGCAAUAACCUGUUUGAAAUAUGUGAAGAGGCCAUUCAUUUGAAGAAGCUCAUGUCUUUAUAAAACUGAAAAAGCAAUACUUAGGUCCUUUGGCUUCAAUAUUCUUGCACUGAACAAAUAUAAUGAGAAAACCUUUUUGUUUGAUAGAAACUGAUGAGUCAGGUGGGGGGGGCAAGGGGAAGAUAAUGGUUUUCUGGUACUGUAUUAAAGUCAGAUCUGCUGUUAUAUAAGAGUAGAUGGUUGUUUCUAGUUCUGUUGUAACAGGAAAAGCCUUUUCAAAGAAGUGAUUAGUGUUAUGGUAUUCCAAUUCACUUCACUUGUUUAUGGAUUUGUGAAGAUGAUUACCUCUUAUAAAAACUAUCACAAAAACUCACAGUAGCAUUACGCAUUGUAGAAAUAUAAUGCUCAAAGCAUCUCCACUUUUUAUGUUCAUGCUAAUAAAACCAACACUUUUCAGUUUUUCUUCCCUACUCAGAUGAUCAUAGCUUGAUAAAACUGUGAACAUUUUGCUUAGUAACUCUCCUGUAGAAGCUAAGAAAAGUUUGUAAUUACGAGAAGCAGUUAACAUAAGCAACACUGAGAAUUUUGUUCUGAGACUACAAACUUUUUUUCUGUCUUUGUUUCUCUUUAGCAAGAGAAAUUUAAGAAUAUAUUACAUAUUGGCUUGGAAUUGCUCAUACAGUGCUUUAGGAAAUAUUAGGGUGAAAUAGCAAGAGCUGUUGGGGUGGAAAAUAUAUAAACAAAAGUUUUGUUUUGUUUUCCUUCUCAAACCAUGACCUUACUUUGAGGAUGUGUGCUGGGCAUAAUGUUUUAUAAUGCUGUAUACAUUUAUUGCUGCUACAAAUGAAAUUUUUAUGCAUUUCCUUUCAGGGUCCAAACUGAACUGGCUUGUUGGGGAAAAGUGCAAUAUUUUAAAAAUAAAACAGUUAUUUUGGCAGUUGAAAGAAUAAGAAAGCACAACAGUGAUUUUUGAACAAAUUAGUUACAGUGGGAAGAACAGCACAACUUUGGGGUUUUGUUGUUUUGUAUCUGAACAGAUUGAUUUUUCUAAAAAAACCCUAGAUUUUUUAAUGUGUAGUUUAAUAUGGUCGGUUGUGUGCACACAUAACAGGAAUUGGAAAUCAUUACACACUACGAGAUAGCCUUUUGAAUAAGCUCUUUUUUUGGUUUCAUGACGUAUGGUCUCUUACCAUAUGGUGGCUUCUGUCUGCAUUAAUAGAAGCCAGGCAUAGUUUGGCACAGAAAGGGAAGAUGGUGGCCGUCCUCCGUCACUGGGUAGAGGGGGAUGAAGAAGUAGGUUAGGAGCAGGUGAGCAUGCGGUGAGCCAUCUGGCCUCCAAGUUACCAUUUGAAUGCCAAAACUAGUUCAUUCUGUCUAAUUCUUUAAGGACCCAUCUCUCUAAAAAUAACUCGGGUGCCUUCAAGUUGCCGAUGCUUUGUGCAGCCUGCAGUGUUGUAUAUGUAAAAUAUAAAAAUAAACCAAAGAUUGUCUGGCCGAUGGGAAGAGGGGACGGGUAAGAUGAUAUAUGUUCAGUGGCUUUGUCUGUGACUUUUGAGCUUCAUUCAUUCAUGUAUAGUGUCUGCAUGUCUGAGACCUUGGAUUGUUUCUGCUGCUGCUGCCUCUUUGUUUUGUAAGAUCUUCAAGGUGAAGCUAAAUUACUUUGUGUAAUCUUCUCUGACUGGUGCCUUUCAGAAAAAAAAAAGUAAGAUAAAAUAGUUUAUGUGCAAAGUGGCAGGGUAGAUGGUUUUGAAGGUGACUUCAACAAGGAAAACAAGGUCAUGCCAAAGCAGCAGCAUUGCCUUCAUGUUCAUAAAACAAUUCCACGUGUUAUUCCAAGAACAGUAGGCGUCUUUCUUUUGGAUCUUUCUCUUCUAUCUGCCGUGGAUCAACAGGCCAUAAAAACAAUCUGUUUGUUCUAAGCAGUGAUAAGCACUUUACUUCUAGAACCUCCUCUCCAAAUGAUAAAGAAUAUGCUUUCAAUUAUUCGGAGAUAGAAAAAGGUCAUUUUCAACAUUUCAGGGUUUGUGCAUUGCUUCUUCUCCUUGUUAUUCUUGACAGUACUGUUUGGCAGACUGCAAUGCAAUAGAUUAUUUAAAGACACUAUGUGAUUGAUUCAAUUAAGAUGUAUAGUUUUUAUUUUUUAUCAUGACUGAAAAUCAUUUUGUUUCUUAUGUUAAAAUGAGAUGUGCACCAACUAAUUAGUUGUGUUUUAUUUAAUAUUUAAAUAAAAAGUUGUUUUA